AUGGGCCUUAAAGUAAACCCAGCCGGCCAACCCAAUUUAUUUUUUCUCCUCCAGGCUCCAAGCCCAAUAACCAAAUAUUUUCUCAAGAGCACUCAGGCUCCAAGCCCAAUAACCAAACAUUUUGCAGGUAGGGUACUUGUAACACUAAUAGCAAACAAAAACACAAAUCGGCCAUUUCUCAUUUCUCAGUCUCAAUCUCAGAUUUUCAGUCAAAUCGGGAAAAUUCACCAUUUUUGCUGUCCGUUUCUCUUCCAGCACACCAAAACCCAGAGGCUAGUAAGGUUAAGUGAAUCACUCUACACUGUGAAGGGUGCAGAAGACAAUGCCGCAUGUGUAGAUGAGUUGAAUCGGCUUGCUGGGUCUACUACUUCCGAAAACUCAUGUCUUGUUGCCGAUUUUCAUGAAGCAAAGAAACUAGACAUGAUAGGAAAGCCAAAUGUAUGGUAUUCUGGAAGAGUCCUCAAUAGAAGUAUGGACUCAGUGUUAUCUGGUCAUACAAUAUACAUCGAUUCUGAUAUUUCAGUUGAACUAAAUCGGUUAAGUCGGUUAAGUCGGUUAAAUCGGUUAAAUUGGUUAAGUCGGUUAAAUCAGUUAAAUCGGUUAAGUCGGUUAAAUCGGUUAAUUUUUAACCAAAAAUAAAAAUUAUAUGAUUUUCGGUUAAUUCGGUUAACCGAAAAAAAUUCGGUUCGGUUAACGGUUAAAAAAUUUUGAAGGUCGGUUAAUUCGGUUAUUACUAAUUCGGGUCGGUUAACCGGUCGGUUAACCGAAUGCACACCCCUAGCUGGCAGCCCCCGAAAAUGAAAAAUUUUCUAUUUAGACUUUUUAAUUUUUUAAAAAAAUUUAAAUUAGUAAAGGUAAAAUUAUACUUUGGCCCCCUUAAAAAGAAAAAAUCGAUUUAAUCAUUUAAAAAUUAUAAAGAUAUAAGUUAUUAAAAUAGUGAAAUUAUAUUUUUAUUAUCGUAAAAAUUAAAAUUUAAUUUCGGCCCCCCAAAAUAAAUUUUUUGUCUUCACCCAUUAGAUAUAGUGUGAGUUGAACC